UCAGGCCUCAAGCCUCAAAGUCAUUCUUUUGUAAAUGAAAACCAAAUCUCUUGACAAAUUUCUUGUCGGUUAGAACUUAGAAAGCCUUGUGUAGGUGUUUCAUUCUUUUUGAACAAUGCAUGGAACAACAAAGCAGUGUAUUGUGUGUCGUUUCGAAACUCAAUUGAUAACUAGUGCUAACGCUAAUUUGUACCAUAUAGGCAAUGCUGAGUUCGUUAAUAAUGAGCCAGAGGCAAUUAAAGCUAUUUUAAGAGAUUGUGUUGAACCAACAAAAACAAAAUGCAAUAAGGAAACUGGGGGAAAACAAAGACUUCAAAAGUGGUCAAGAGGGCAUUUGUUUAUAGUUAGAGGAGGAGGAAUAAUCGAUAAAUGGAGUCCUCUUUAUAGAUCUGAAAGCCCUUCUCAAGUGUUUUUGAUAACUCUUUCUUGGCUGCGCAUUAUGUUAAAGGAAAUCAACCCAAUGAAUUGGAGUUCCGUUUUUUUUUCAUAUGACAACAUGUGCCACCUAGAUGGCUUACAAGCAGCGAAAAAAGUUUUGCCAUGGUCUCAACCAUGGGAUAAAGCAUGGCUGUCAAUUCGUAAAAUAAUUGAUAGCCUUCAUAUCAAAAAUCACAAAGACGAGAAAUGCCUGGAGAAAUACAAUCCUUUGCCUUUAAAAACUGAAAUCCCAAAUGGAAAUACAAUGGCUGCUGAACAGACUUUCGUCUGGCUUUCCAGGUUUAAGAAGAUACUGUGUGCUAUGCCCAAAGUACAUCAUUUGUUUUACUUACAUAGAAUGGUAAAGCACAGAAACAAAUAUACUGUUAGAUGCUAUAAGAGUGGUAAAAAACCUCUUUUACCAGUCGUUCGUAAGACAGGAAAGCUAAUUCAUUCCCUUUUAUUUACGCAUCUGUAA